AUGCAGCAAGUGGCAAUAGUGUCAGAAGUGGGAAUGGUGUCCGAAGUGACAAUAGUGUCAGAAUUGGGAAUCGUGUCAGAAGUGGUAAUGGUGUCAGAAGUGACAAUAGUGUCAGAAGUGGAAAUGGUGUCAGAAGAGGGGAUGGUGUCAGAAGUGAGAAUGGCGUCAAAAGUGAAACGUUUCAGAAGUGACAAUGAUAUCGGAAGUGUCAAGGGUAUCAGAAGUGAGAAUGGUGCCACACAGCACGGCAAUCCAAACACUGACAGUAAUCCCAACACUGACAGCAAUCCGAACACUGACAGCAAUCCAAACACUGACAGUAUUCCGAACACUGACAGCAAUCGGAACACUGACAGCAAUCGGAACACUGACAGCAAUCCAAACACUGACGGCAAUCCAAUCAUCGACAGCAAUCCGAACACUGAGACCGAUCUGAACACCUGCAGCAAUCCAAACACUGACAGUAAUCCAAACACGGACAGCAAUUCGAACACUGACAGCAAUCCAAACACUGACAGCAAUCGGAACACUGACAGCAAUCCAAACACUGACAGCAAUUCAAACACUGGCAGUAAUCCGAACACUGACAGCUAUCUGAACACUGACAUCAAUCCGAAGUCUGACAGCACUCUAAACAUUGACAGCAAUCUGGAUACUGGCAGCAAUGUGAACAUUGACAGCAAUUUGAACACUGACAGCAAUCCGUACGCUGACAGCAAUCUGAGCACUGACAGCAAUCUGAACACUGAGAGCAAUCCGAACACUGACAUCAGUCCGAACACCGACAAUAAUCUCAAUACUGACAGUAAUCCUAAGACCGACGGUAAUCUGAACACUGACAGCAAUCCGAACAUUGACAGCAAUUCAAACACUGACAGCAAUCUGAACACUGACAGUAAUCCGAACACUGACAGCGAUCUGGAUACUGACAGCAAAUCGAACACUAACAGCACUCUGAACACUGACAGUAAUCCAAACACUGACAACAAUCUGGACACUGACAGCAACCCGAACAUUGACAGCAAUUCGAACACUGACAGCAAUCUGAACACUGACAGCAAUCUGAACACUGACAGUAAUCCGAACACUAACAGCAAUCUGGACACUGACAGCUAUUCGAACACUGACAGCACUCUGGACACUGACAGUAAUCCAAACACUGACAACAAUCUGGACACUGACAGCAAUCCGAACACCGACACAAUCCGAACACCGACAGCACUCAGAAAACUGAACACUGACAGUUAUCUGGACAAUGAAGGUAAUCUUGAGAAUGACAGUCACCGGUACACAGACAGUAUUCUGAACACUGACAGUGAUCCGAACACUGACAGAAAUCUGGACGCUAACAGCAGUCCGAACAUUGACAGCAAUUCGAACAUUGACAGCAAUCUGAACACUGACAAUAAUCCGAACACUGACAGCAAUGUGGACACUGACAGCAAUGUGAGCACUAACAGCAAUCCUGACCGUGACAGCCAUUUGAACACUGAGAGCAAUUUGAACACUGACAGCAACCUGAACACUGACAAUAAUCUGAACACUGACAGUUAUCUGGACAAUGAAAGUAAUAUUGACAAUGACAGUCAUCGGUACACAGACAGUAUUCUGAACACUGACAGUAAUCUUGAAACUGACAGUGUAAUUUACACUGACACUCAUAUGGACACUGACGAAGCCAGUAUUGUCGACACUUACAAAAAUCUGGACAGUGACAGUCAUCUGGACAUUGACAGUAAUCUGGACGCUGAGAGUGAUCUGGUCGGUGAACGCAAUGUGGACACUGAAAGUGAUCUGGACAGUGACAGUGAUUUGGACAGUGACGGUGACCUGGACAGUGACAGUGAUCUGGACAGUGACAGUGAUCUGGACACUGAAAGUGACCUGGACAGUGACGGUGACCUGGACAGUGACGGUGACCUGGACAGUGACAGUGAUCUGGACACUGAAAGUGACCUGGAUAGUGACAGUGAUCUGGGGAGUGACAGUGAUUUGGACAGUGACAGUGAUCUGGACAGUGACAGUGAUCUGGAUGCUGACAGUGAACUGGAUGCUGACAGUGAUCUGGACGCUGACAGUGAUCUGGACAGUGACAGUGAUCUGGACAGUGACAGUGAUCUGGACGCUGACAGUGAUCUAGACAGUGACAGUGAUCUGGACACUGACAGUGAUCUGGACACUGACAGUGAUCUGGACACUGACAGUGAUCUGGACGCUGACAGUGAUCUGGACGCUGGACAGUAA